AUGAAGAACACAGCAUGCCUCUGCACAGUCUUGUUGCCAUUGUUGCUUUCCCCGAUCACACUCAAAGGGUCAUGUGAGGAGGAGGUGCAAUGUCAGUGGGGGCCAUUUGAUGAAUGGUCUGACUGCGAUGGCUGUACUAAAUUACAGACCAGAAGUCGUAGGAUGCUUGUGUAUGCACAAUUCAGAGGGAACCUAUGCGAAGGUGAUCGAACAGAGACCAGACCUUGCAAUGUAACUCUAGGCUGCCCUCUUUCGGAUGGAUGUGGAAACCGGUUUCUCUGUCGCUCAGGCAGGUGCGUGAGCCGGUCUCUGCUUUGCAAUGGGGACAAGGACUGUGACGAUGGUGACGACGAGCAUAACUGUGAUCAUACCAGACGAUAUAUCAUUUGUCUGACUGAUCAACUGCCACCCAACAUAGAGCUCCUGGGAGCCGGUUUUGACGUGGUGUCAGGAAAGAGUCGUGGAAGUGUCAUCAACACAAAAAGCUUUGGUGGGCAGUGUCGCCGCAUUUACAGUGGCUUCCACAAAACUCCCUACAGACUUCCUCUAAGUACCACUCAGUUAAAAUUCAAGGUUGACGUGCAGCGUGAUUUCAGUGAGGAGAUGUUCACCAGCAAAUGGCUUUAUGCAAAAAAAAUGUCUGCUAGAGGAUUGCGCAAUCUUGGCCUUCGUCUGACAAAUGAUACCACUCAGAUCCAAAAUAUGCUGGUUUCAAAAACUGUCAUGGAGGUGGCCCAAUUUCAAGCAGACUCCCCCAAAUACAUCCCCUUAACUGAGAGUUUUUGGAAGGCUUUGGCUCAACUCCCGCUGAUCUAUAACUACGCUGCCUAUAGAAAGUUGCUGGAGACUUUUGGAACACACUACUUCUCAGAAGGAAGCUUGGGAGGUGUUGUCACGGUGUUCUCUGUGGCCACUGAUGAAACUCAGAAUCAAAAAGUUACCAUCAGGAACUUUGAAGCACAGCAGCUGGAAGUAGAAGGAGGAGAUAUCAACGUCAUUUCAACAAUGAAGAAAGAUGAUGACAAGGCCUGGGACGUGUCCUCUGAAUGGACUCGGUCUCUGCGCUUUUUCCCAAAGGUCAUAAAACCAAAGCUGAGGAGGCUGUCAGAGCUGGUGAAAGAGAUUCCAUGUGGCGAGCUCAAGAAGUUCAACCUGGACCGAGCUUUGGAAGAUUAUCUGAGUGAGAAUGACCCGUGCCACUGCCGUCCUUGUCAAAACAAUGGCCUGACUGUCAUGGAAGAAGGUGUAUGCAAAUGUAUUUGUAAGCCUGGGACAUCAGGACUGGCCUGUGAGAAUGGAAGUGAUGUCAAAAGUCAGCCAGGCAUGAGUGAUGGCAGCUGGUCCUGUUGGUCUGCCUGGUCCACGUGUUCUGGGGGUCAGAAGACCCGAAAUCGGUCUUGCACCAAUCCCCCUUCAGAGGGUGGGGGGCAACCAUGUAAAGGAGACAGUUCUGAGACUGUUUCUGAUUGUGACCACACGGAACACUUCAAAAUUUCUGAGCCGCAAUGCAUUGUACCAACUGCCCCAGUGAGACCAACAUGUGGGACUCCACCUGCACUCAUCAAUGGCUACAUUCUUGAACCAAAAGAUGUUUACCUUGUGGGCAAUCAAGUUGAAUACAACUGCACCAGCGAAUUCCGCCUCCGUGGGCAAAAAAUCUUGGAAUGUACUGCCAACCAAAAGUGGUCAGCCGGGCCUGGAUUGUGCGACCUGCCAAGGUGCAAGCUGUGGUCCCUUGAUCCUGACAUUAUCGUUAGACCCUUAGAGUCAUCCUAUGAGAUUGGUGAAACGGUAACUCUAUCCUGUCCAGAAGGAAGUGAACUUCUGGGACAAGCUAAUAUUGUCUGCAGUGAGACACUGCAGUUCUCCCCAGACCCCGAAGAUUUUAAAUGCAACGAAGUCAUGCAGCAGCAGCAGCAGCAGCGGUGGUGGUCGCAGCAUCAGCUGCAGCAGCAGCGGCGGCAGCAACAGCAGCGGCAGCAACAGCAGCAACGUUUUACUCGCUCAACGCGCUGUGAACAAUGGGAGAAGCUGUCUGGAGGACAAUGUGUUUGUAAGAUGCCUUUUCACUGCUGGCCUUUCUUGGAAGUCUGUGUCACUGAUAUUGUUAGUGGCAGGCCAAUUAUUGCCAGUGUGUGCAAACUCCAUAUUAGGAGGUGCAUGGGCACGAACUACAAUUUAGAAGCAGAAAGCGCAUGCAAGUGGCCAGAGCGCAACACUACAUCAGGCUGCACUGACUGUCGGAUGUGGGAAACCUGUGAUGAGCACACUUGGAAGUGUCUUUGUAAGGACCAUGCAGAGUGCCUGACUCCGGGGUUUGAAGUGUGCGUCCGCACUGGGGAUGAUGCCCAUGCCAAGAGAAGCAUGAGUGAAUGUGAAGCAGGAUUGAGACGCUGCAAAGGAGAAAAUGUGUCUGUUGUGGAUAUCAUGCCCUGUGACUCUUAA